CAACAGGCCUCAUUUGCCAGGUGAGCCUCGCUCGGACACCAGCGCGCAGACGCCUUGGCGCGGGGCGGGGCCGCAGGGCGGGACCAGUGCGCCUGCGCUGCCAGGGCUGGUGAGACAAAAGGGAGGAACCCUGCCGGCCCCGCCCUUCAGCUCCGCCCCGAGCGGCCAGCGCGGGCGGGCGUCAGGUUCCCGCGGCCUCGCGCCCCCUCGGUCUCUGCUGCUGCUGUCGCUGUCGCCGUCGCCAUGUACCCCGCGGAUCCUCCGGCCGGCUCAGCCCUGCAUCGGGCUCCACAGUGCGGCCGCCGUCCCCCGCCGGGGCACCCUGCCGAGGCGCCGCGGCCCCCAGCGCCUGUCCCGAGCUCCGCUGCGCGCCCCCAGCCCCCAGGGCCGCUGCCGCGGUCCGGCGUGGCGGUAAAGAUGGCCUUCCGCAAGGCCUACUCCAUCAAGGACAAGCUGCAGGCCAUCGAACGUGUCAAGAGCGGCGAGCGACAGGCCAGCGUGUGCCGCGACUUCGGCGUGCCCGGAGGCACGCUGCGAGGCUGGCUCAAGGACGAGCCCAAGCUGCGCUGGUUCCUGGACCAGCUGGGCGGCGAGGUGGGGACGCAGCGCAAGAAGAUGCGGCUGGCCAAUGAGGAGGAGAUCGACCGCGCAGUGUACUCGUGGUUCCUCGCGCUGCGCCGGCAUGGCGUGCCGCUGUCGGGGCCGCUCAUCCAGGCGCAGGCCGAGGCAUUCGCACGCCAGAUCUAUGGGCCCGAGUGCACCUUCAAAGCCAGCCACGGCUGGUUCUGGCGCUGGCAGAAGCGCCACGGCAUCUCCAGCCAGCGCAUCUAUGGCGAGGUGGAGCCCCCAUCCGCGGGGCCCGCGCCUGGCCCACCAGUCAAAGCAGAGGCUGCUCAAGCCCCCAGCGCCGGCCCACUGCCGGCCCGGACUCCCGCCGCGCCGUGCCCCAUCGAGGCUGGUUACGGUGACGAGCAGAUCUACAACGCCAACGUCACUGGCCUCUACUGGAGGCUACUUCCGGAGCAGGCUGCGCCCCCGGGUGCCAGGGACCCCGGGGUAGGGGGAUGCGGCUGGCGCGCCGACCGUGUGACAGUGCUCUUGGCUGCCAACCUGACUGGCAGUCACAAGCUGAAGCCGCUGGUCAUCGGGCAGCUGCCUGAUCCGCCCAGCCUGCGCCACCACAACCAAGACAAGUUCCCUGCCUCCUACCGCUAUAGCCCCGAUGCUUGGCUCAGCCGUCCGCUGCUUCGAGGCUGGUUCUUCGAGGAAUUUGUUCCAGGCGUCAAGCGCUACCUCCGCCGAAGCUGCUUGCAGCAGAAGGCAGUGCUGCUUGUUGCCCACCCUCCCUGCCCCAGCUGGGCCACCAGGAUGCCCUCUCUGGAGGAGAGCGAGGAGACCCCCAGGCGGUGCCGGCCGGAAUCCCUCGGACCCCCAGAGGAGCUGCAGACACCCGACGGUGCUGUGCGGGUGCUCUUCCUGUCCAAGGGCAGCAGCCGGGCACAUAUCCCCGCACCUCUGGAACAGGGUGUGGUGGUGGCCUUCAAGCAUCUAUACAAGCGGGAGCUCCUGCGGCUGGCCGUGUCCUGUGCCAGUGGCUCCCCACUGGACUUCAUGCGCAGCUUCAUGCUCAAAGAUAUGCUGUACCUCGCUGGCCUCUCCUGGGACCUGGUGCAGGCAGGCAGCAUUGAGCGCUGUUGGCUACUGGGCCUGCGGGCUGCCUUUGAGCCCGAGCAGCAGCCGGCCCACCAAGCUGAGGAAGCUGCGGAGCACAGCAGGUUGCUCAGUGACCUCACACAUCUGGCAGCACUGGCUUACAAGCGCCUGGCACCUGAAGAGGUGGUUGAGUGGCUGCACCUAGAUGAUGAUGGGGGCCUCCCUGGUGGCUUCAGUGAGGAGGUGGGCCCUGCCUGGCCCCCUGCACUGGCACCUGCAGCCCCACCAUCCCCAGCCAGUCUGCCCUCUAGCAUGGGAGGUGGAGAGGAGGAGGAGGAAGCCACAGAGCAUGGAGGGGUAUUGGUGCCUACUGCAGGGGAGGCCAUCUGGGGGCUAGAAACAGCUCUAAGGUGGCUAGAGAGCCAGGACCCCAGGGAGGUGGGGCCAUUGAGGCUGGUGCAGCUUCGCUCACUCAUCAGCAUGGCCCGGAGGCUUGGGGGGAUUGGGCCUUCCCCAGCAGCUCCUGAUGACGGUGUGUGACCAUGCCACCCUAGUGACCUUUUCCUGCUGCAAUUGCCCAACUUCCCUGUGGUAGCCUACCCAAUGGGUUCAGGGGACACAGGUCCCAGCCCAGCUUGGGCUCUGUUGGCAAAGGGUCAUCCUGCCCCAGUAGUCCACAGGCUCUUAGGGAGGAUUGCUGAAGGAGGGCCCAGGCUGAUCCUUCUCCCUAGGCAGGUAUACACAUGCGGUUCCCUCACACACACUGGGCACAUGUUAUCCAAGUGUGCACUGGGCACACACUGUCAAAGAGUAGUUGGCUGUGUUCCCACCCUCGCCCCUGUGGGGCUCACACCUCCUCUUCUUUACCCAGCCUGUCAUAUGCACUGGAUGAGACUGUCUGCAGCCCUGGUGCUACAUGGUCCCAUCAUCUCAGUAGGGAAGCACACUACUUGGUUGUUUUUUUUAACACAUUAAAUUUGUUUCUAAAGAGUCUUCAGAGGGGCUAUGAGAAUAGGGGAAGAGUAGGGUGGUCUUGGCUGCUUUUGGCCUUGAUCUGGAAGCUGCUCUCCAGCCACCAGCUCAGGCUCACCUGCUUAUAAUGGAGUGGGGAGAGGAUGGAGCCCAGUACUUCCUGAAGUUCUGGAUGCAGAUUUCUGUUCUACUUGGGUUGCUAUCUCUUUAAGAAAAUUCCUUUCUGAACAGAUCUUUUAUUCCAUGAGGUUGCCAAGUUGGAUAUGAGUCCUGUGCUUUGACCAAUGUCAGGACAAGCUCCUCCAGUUUCCCAUUGGCCAUAGACCACUUUAGCCCCAGUACCCAGAGCCAGCCUCCUCAUCUACCUGGAAGCACUGGCAGCACCCUGGGGACAAUCCACAGUGCCUUAGUUCCAUUCCCUUACCCCCCCUGCUCUUCCUGCUCACCUUCCCACACAUACUUUUCCACCUUCUGGUACUACCAAAGUUGUGGCUGAGGAGCAACUUCUGGUUAGCCCCAUUUCAAAGAGAAAGGAAAGAAUUCAAGUGAUUGUCUAGCUCUUACACCAUUCUGACCCUCUAGUUCUAGGUCCAAAAUCUUGCUAGAGUGGUCUGGGGACAAGAGAUACCCAUGUGUCCUGGGGGGCUUGCCACCUUUGCAGAGAUACUGCCAUGAGUCCUUGUUUCUGCAGGAGGCUAGCUCUAAGGAGGCUGCAUGCUCCUAAUGCUCUCCCUUUGUCCUGACCCAAUAUCCUCCUAACAGUCUGAAUCUUGAAAACAUGGAGUUGGUGAGUGUGCGGAAGCUGCAUGCAGAUGGUAUGUUUAUGGAAGGGAAGGGCUGUGCACCAGUCUGGCAGUGGGGCUGCAGGGUGGGUGGGGGUUCUCCCUAAAGCAAUUUCUACACCAAAAACAAACAGUUCCUUGCAAACCCCACCCCCAUAAAUACAUAUGCAUAUCUCAAAUCUGAGAGCUGAGGGAAGGUGUGGAAAGUUUGGAAACCAGAAUUGAGGCUCACCUAGCUGGAUUCAGGCAGCAGCCUCUAUCUGUGCCUGCCAGGGCCUCUCUGAACCUGCAGAGCCUGGGGCACUCAGGGCUAGCUGAGGGUCUUUGGCUCAAGCAUCUGGAGCUACACUUAAGGACAUCUAAUGCCUUUACACCUACAGCCUUCAGUCAGCCAAGGAUAGGGGCUGCCACUCUGAGGAGAAAUGGGCCUUGGCCACAAGCACAUGAGGGCUGUAUACCUGGGCCUUGAUACAUAUGCAGCCUGGAUGGCCUCUGAUAGCAGCCUUUUGGCCUGGCUUAUCAGAGUUGCUUCAUUGGUAAGGUUUCCGUUUCAUCUUCCUAUUUUGGCCUGAGCCAGGUAGGCUUGAGACAGUGUCUAAGAAGGGUAGGGGUGGGGGGGUGUCCAGAGCAAGACCUCUCACUGGUCUCUCCACCUGUCUUAACCUUCUCAUCUGGGCCCUCAAGGCCUGGGAGAAGGCUCUGGCCUAUCCCUGGGCCACUAUUGGCCACUGUACAAGCAAGGCAGAUGUUAGCUCACAGGUAAUGAGUCUGCCAGCAUUUGCUAGGCUGGGAAACCCACCAAAAGGCUCAAAAAGUUUGUUGGGCUGGGGGUGUUAGAGAUAGAGCACCUGAAUAACAUGCAUGAGGGUCUGGGUUCAGUUCUCUAAGAUACAAACAAAAGGUGUCCUCUUUAUAGAUUGAGACACAUUAGUGUUCCUAGGAUGCCAAGGCAGAGGUUCCAGUGGCUGAGCCCUGCUGUGGAGAAGGCUGCUUUGCCUGGGCACUUGGCCCUGUAAGCAGCCCAAUGAUGAGACCCUGAGGCCCCACAGUGGUGUACAGAUAUAUCAUGGGAACCUCAGCGCCAUUUGUAGCUCUGCCACUGGCUUGAAGCUCACUGGGCUCAGCUCAAUGUCUUUGAAGUGAUGAGGACCCCUGCUGUGUGGCAGGAACACUUUAGGAGGGCUGUACAGUCUCAGGGCUGCAUACCUGCAUACCUGGCCUGCUCCUCACUGCCAUUCCCUCCUGGGCCCUCUGGGCAUUUUUGGUUGCCACCUUGGUUUGAGCCAACAUGAGGCAGCUAGGGAGCUGAAGUGACAAUUCCUUUUGGCAGCUUUGGCCACUUGCCAUGUACCAGGCACCACACUGGAAACUGGAUUUCUUGUCUUGGAGGAUUUUGCCUGGUCCCUGCAAAAAAUGUGGGGGCAUAAAAAGGGUGGGCAGCUGUCCUCACUGGGCAGCUCUGUUCAGGGCCCUGUGAUGAGACUUGGGGGCAGAUUGCUGCUCUUGCAGUUCAUGGCCCUUACCUCAGGGUCAUCAGGGCUCCUGGGCUGAGGAAGGGAGAGCACAAGCACAGAAUAUUGGGCAAGUACAGAUUCUGUUGAAGCCACUAUCCAGCUGCUGUUUUCAGUUAGGAAGAUGGCUUGCAAUGGUCGGAGGCAGCCUCCCCUCAGGGAUCUGUGCACUUGGAGAGUGUAUACCUGGUCAUCAGCUGGGCUGUGGAUGAAGCAGAAUGUGGUGGAAAAGGAUAGGGAGCACCCCUCUAAGGGCUAGUCACUGGGACCUGCACCCUGAUACUCCCUAUGGGAAUUGCCUGUAGAGAGCCCCUCUGGGGCUUAGCAGUCAUGGCCCUUGCUGACUGUGCCCAAGAGUGAAGCUUAUGCAUACCAAGAGUGUGUCCUCAUAAGGACUGUGGCCUUGUGGGUUCAUGCUAUGUUGAGAGGCCUUCCUUUAACAGUCAACCUUGCUCUUAGCUGAGUUCAGAUGCCCCAUGGCACUUGCAUAAUAAAGGUGGAAUAUAUCAAUUUCA